AAGAGCACGUUCAUGGUGGUCCUAAGCAAACAGACAUAGUGGCAGUAAAGAACCAGAACCUCUGAUCUGCUCAUGUAAUUAUACGUGUUUUCUCCCCUUUCUUUAAAAAUCAGUAACAAGCGAGGGAUACUGUGCGACGACAGCAAGGGCAUUUACUUGUUCGCCUGUCGGGAAAGUCAUGAAUGUGAACAGAGACAAGGUCCAGGUGGGUGACAUCUCUUCAGCGCCAGACACGGUCCCCUGCAGCCUCCGAGCUGAGAGCAUGGAUCCUCCUGCCGAGCAAAGGCUGUCCGGCAGUGAACUACCCGUCUUCUCGUGUCCCGCAGGGAGGGACAGGCAGGCGGACAAUCAAGGUAAUUCACCCAGGCAAGAGGUAGCAGCUGCUCCCACCAUCCACAGGACCACUUCCUUUUCCGUCUUGGACAUUUUGGACCCUAAUAAAUUUAACAGCAAAAAGCGUUACGGCACUAAUAUUUUGUACCGAGCUGGUCACGAUUUCUCGCUUGGAACUGAAAAUAUUGCCGCUGAGGAUUCGCCCAGAGAAACUGCGGACCAGAAGGGCUUCUCCGAAGAGUUCGACACGUGUAAGAAAUCUUCGGAUAUCAUAAAAGACGGGAUUGUAUACAAGGCGGAGGAAUGCGACAACGAGUUCAACAGGAGCCCCCAAAGCCCAGAGAGUGAGGCCCAGGACGAUGAACUGUGCAGCGAAGAAAGCAGCGGCGCAAUGCCCGGCGCUGCAGAGAACGAUCUUGGGCUCCAGGAAGAGGCCGACUCACUGACACGGAGUUCGACUCCAGGCGCCCCCCAACAAUCGCAGCAGCAAUCGUCUGGCCAAAGCCAACAGUCCAAGCCCAAGAGGAAGCGCACCGGAUCGGACUCGAAGUCCGGCAAACCUCGUCGAGCCCGGACUGCGUUCACUUAUGAGCAGCUUGUGGCUCUGGAAAAUAAAUUCAAGUCGACCCGUUAUCUGUCCGUUUGCGAGAGGCUCAACUUGGCCCUUUCCCUCAGCCUGACUGAGACACAGGUAAAGAUCUGGUUCCAGAACCGCCGAACCAAAUGGAAGAAACAGAACCCUGGGGCAGACACCAGCGCCCCCACCGGCAGCAGUGGUGGAGGAGGUGGUGGCGGCGCCGUCGGAGGGCCUGGGGGGCCUUUAGGCAGUGGUCUUAGCCCGCUCAGUCCAUCACCUCCAAUGGGGGGACCGUUGUCCAUGCAUGCCACCUACUCCGGUCACACUCCUGGUGGGCUAGUGUGCACCGCCCAGCUGCCCUUCCUGCCAAGCCACGCUGUCUUAUCGCCUUUCGUUUUGGGCUCUCAGGCUUACGGGACACCGGCCUUUUAUACACCUCACUUAUAACUCUUGUAUACAACGGAGGUUGUUGGGCAAAGCAGAAUUCAAACUGAAACGUAAACUUCCAAAACUUAUUGAAACAGCAGACACACGCAUGACCCGUGUUCAGCAUUAGCAAACUUAACCAAGCAAAAUGGACGCUUUAAGACAUUCUGACUUGAAUCGAUUUUUCUAUUCAAGGUUUCCGUCAAAACGGUGGACUUUUCAAGGGAAGGACGCCGACUUUACACUUGCACUGUCUAUCUUACCGCCACUGAAACACCUGCAUUGAUGAUUGGAAACUCCAUUUCUUUAUGAAUAUAUUCAGAAAGAAAGACGGAAUUUGGACAACUUAGCUCGAAUCUGCAUCAGCUUCACGAGACCAGACACCAAUAAAAACAACACGGGGAAAAGCCAGUCUUCACGUCUCACAUUAUGGGGUCCGAUGCCGUUACAUUAAAAGUGAUAUAAUAGCAGUGAUACAUGAUAUCUGGAUUUAAAUAAGACGAUUUUGUCAUUAUUACACUUUUGACUUCUUAAUAUUUUACAUAUGCCCAUUUGAUCUCAGGGUAACUGGAUUAUACAGUGCCGUUUUGCUACAUCAGCUGUGUCUGCUAUUCAGACUUCCUGUGACUGACAUUAAAAUAAGCAAAGUGAAAUGGACUAAUUUAUUGGGAAAAUAACGGCGGGAAAUAUGUGACAUGUUUUUGCUGGGAGAUAUUUAAUUAAUAAGUAUAUGGGGAUGGAAACAUUUUUAAUGUAAUUUCAAUUUAUCAUAUGCAUUGUAAAUGUAUAGUUGCUUAUAUAGUUAAAUUUAUAAUUUUAUCAUUGAGGUGUUGCUCGGAAAUAAAUAAAUGCCAGAAGAGCACUUUGCUGAGACAGAACCACUUAAAACGGAAACAAUCAAAUGAAUUAAUAAGUAUAUACUGUAUGUACAGCUCUGUUACGUUCGCGGGAAAAAGCGAUUGUUCUUUUUGCAAUUAAAUGUUUCAAAGUUCACUUUUACACAUAAAGUUGGAAAUUAUUAUUUCAGUGUCUUUUGUACCUGUACCUCGCUGGAUAGCGUAAUGAUCAAAAGUGAGGAAAGUUGUGUUAUGUUUAUUUUUUUAGUAAGGCAUGAAUAAACAUUGACAUAAAGUCAAGAAAGAAAAAUAAAACG